CACGUUUUGUCUGUUUUUCCGUAAAUUCAGUUUUGCAUGGUUUUUGAGCGUGAUUUUGCAUGACAGGUUGCCGGUGUUGCGUUUUUCUCACGAUUUUCACGUUGUCGGUCGUGUUUGGAAAGAGCUUCCCCAAACACGUGAGCCUUGUGAAGGCGAGAUUCGGGGACACUCUGGGGUACGGGGCGGCAGGGAACCGCUCGCGGGUGCAAAGGCGUGGUUUCAGACUCACAGUUUUUCUUGACCUCACGUGCCCUGUGCCCAGACUUCGACGUGCAGAUCUUCUCGCAGCGCCGCGAGUUGCCUUUUUGUUACUUUUUGUUGGCCGCUUGCAGGUGGAUCCAAUUCGUGCUACUGGGGACUCUUUGGCUGGGCACCUGUGCGGAUUGGUGUCAACUCGGCCUUUGAGCAGUGUUUCAGGUUUGGUCCUGGAUUUUGAAGGUCGUGUUUUCGCGCUUCCCCGUGCCAGGCUUUGUUUUGACAUCGAGGCAUACUGCCCCCUGAUCUUUGGCCUAGCGAGGCCCGGACACCCCCCCCCGUCCCGUGCCAGGAUUUGCGCGACUCGCGUUGCUUUUUUGUGUGCUUUUCCCAACCCCGUCAAGCCGCGCCGUCAGGCCCGUGUAUCUUUGGAAAUCGUGACCUCGUUGAGCCAGGCACUCCGAACUUUUGAGCUUGCGCCUCGAGCUCCACGUUCCGUGCCAUGAAACAACGUCCUUCCAUCAAGACGUCUGGAUGUGGGUCAGCCAGUCUGACGGAUGGACGCUGCGAAGCCUUGCAAGGCUUGGCCCGACCGACCUUCAGGCCGCGAGUG